GACUUUUCUUUCAGUUAUUUGUAGACCGACAUAAAAAAUGGAACUCAUUUUUGCCACAGUGGCAUUUGUUUUUUUCCUCCUCUAUUUUUAUCUAUCACGACAGUACAAUUAUUUUCAAAAAAAUGAAAUACCUUCAGCCAAUGGAAUUGUACUAGGAUUAGGUCACAUGCUACCGGUUUUUAGUGAAAAAAAAAGUUUAGCAACAUUGUGCGAAGAUUUUUAUAAUGAGGCAAAAGAAUACAGUAUGUACGGAUUUUAUGAAUUAUGCUCGCCAGUACUGUUAGUUCGUGAACCUGAACUCGUUAAAAAUGUUCUACUAACAAAUUUCUCCUCAUUUAGUGAAAAUCCAUUUAAACUCAAUUAUCAAGAUAAAAAUGAACUCUUUAGUUUAAAUCCUUUUUUUGUUGACGGUGACAAAUGGAAGGAAGCACGUGCACCACAUACACACAGUUUUUCCAGCAUGAAAUUGAAACAAAUAACAUUUCAAGUUGCAAAAAUUGCUGAUAAAAUGAAUAAAUAUUUAUCCAAACAAUGCAAAAAUGGUGAAUUUGAAACAAAUCUCAAGAAACUUUGCAAAAAAUUCACAGGUGAAGUUUCAUCAACAGCAAUUGGUAUUGAGACACAUAAUUUUGAAGAAUUACAACCGCAAAAUAGUGAAAUGACCUAUAACGAAAGGCUUGAUAAAGUUUUUGAAUCACCUUCAUUUAGUACUGUAUUCCAACAAACAAUUAGAUUAUAUCUACCAUCAUUGGCAAAAUUAUUUCAACUCUCCGUUACACCCAUAGAAGUUGAUCAAUAUUUUCGACAAAUUGCAAAAACCAUCAUUGACAAUAGAAAAAUGGAGAAUUUCAUUUACAAUGAUUUUGCGCAAUUUGUCAUUAAUUUUCAAAAAUCACAUGAUACAAAAAUAAAUGAAGAAACAAUUAUAGCAGCACACAUGUUAUCGUUUGCCGUCGAUACUUAUGAAACCACAUCACUAACAAUGAGUUUUUUAAUUAUUAAUUUAGCAAAACAACCUGAAAUUCAAGAAAAAGUACGCAAUGAAAUUGUCACUUUAUUAAAAAAAUACAAUGGCAAAUUAACAUACGAUGCACUUAAAGAAAUGACAUAUUUUGAAAAAGUUUUAAAUGAAUCACAAAGAAUGCAUCAUAUAACGGGAUAUUUUUUUAAAAUUUGCACAAAAAAAACAAAACUCAUUGGUACUGAUGGAUUAUCAUGUGUUAUUAAACCGGGACAAAAAGUGGGAAUAUCCCUCUCGGGAUUACAAAUGGAUUCAAAAUAUUGGCGAGAACCGGAAAAAUUUAAUCCCGAGAGAUUUAAUGAGGAUGAAAAAAAUAGUAGACAUAAAUUUACAUUUCUUCCAUUUGGUGAAGGACCACGAGUGUGUGUUGGAAUGAGAUUGGCAGUGAUUUUAAUAAAAAUAUCAGUUGCUGCUAUUUUAAAAGAUUUUUCCAUUGAGAUUUCAUCAAAAAUGAUUUUUCCAAUUGAAAGAGAUGAAUCGUCUUUUCUUAAUUCUCCCAAAGGUGGAUUUUGGGUGAACAUCAGAUCUUUGAAAACAAGUGCUUCAUCUAAUGACUAAUAAAUAGAAAUUUAUUAAUUUGAAUAAUUUCUGCAAUAGUGAAAAAUAUGAUUGUAUUUCAACAUAUUAUUAUUAUUAUUAUUUAAUUACUGUAAUAUAAUAAAUAUAAAUCCUUCAAUUCCUAACAAUUUUUUAAA